AUGAUUUUUUUUCUUUUUUCUUUUCCCCCAGGAGCUGUCGGGCAUCACGGUGACAACUUAGCAGAGAAGAUUCUCUCCAUACUUCCCAAGUUACCAGGUCAUACCAAUGAUGUGAUGGUCAAUAUGAUGGAGCUCACAAGCCUGCACAGUAAUGAGACAAGUUGCAAUAUUAUAGCUCCCGGCUGCUUGGCACAACCAACAGAACCAGCUGCUAGAACUCUGUGGGAGUCCUUAAUGAAUCUAAAACAGAAGGAAGGUUUGAUGGAAGUUAGAAGACACCUUGUGGAAGCUGCAAGCCGAGAAAACUUGCCAAUCAAGAUGAGCAUGGGGAGAGUCACCCCAGAACAGCUUCACUCGUAUAUCCAGCUCUUCAAAAAGAAAUUUGACGCUCUUGAAAACCAUUGUGGGCUUCUGCAGAUCGCACUGGCUGUUGUGCAGACCCUAAAAGAUCCUCAGAAUGCCAAAUGGGACAACUUUUUAGCUUUUGAGCGGCUAUUUGUACAGAAUAUCGGUGAGUCAACAUUAUUUAAUGCACUGAAGCAACUGCUACCUAUUAUCAAGCCUUCCAGUAACAGGACGGAUGAUGAUUACACUCCCCAAGAAUUACUUCUAUUAUUGGUGUAUAUUUACUCCAUCGUGGGAGAAGUCAAAACUGGGAAAGAAUUAAAUGAGGCUGAAAGUCAAGUGAAGGAAGCCUUUGUCCAAGCUAUUUGCGACGAACCAGAGUUAUCCCCUUUGCUGCAGAAAAUAGUAGGUUGUGAGUCUUCCACCAAGGUUACAUUUCAAAAAGCCACGGCUGCAGUGAAUGAGAUCUUUAAGAGCCUAAGGGAUGUUACGCGAGCUCGGACCCACAUGAAACAGUUUAAUUCUGUACAUAUCCCGGGAAGCCACAGCCAACAGGCAUCUUAUAAACCAUUGAUGAAGCAAGUGGUGGAAGAAAUUUACAAUCCUGAUCGACCUGAUCCUGUUGAUAUUGAACACAUGUCUUCUGGGCUGACCGAUCUUCUGAAAACAGGAUUCAGCAUGUUUAUGAAGGUGAGCCGACCCCACCCAAGCGAUCAUCCUAUACUGGUUAUCUUCAUGGUUGGUGGUGUAACGGUAUCUGAAGUCCGAAUGAUGAAGGAUCUUGUAGCAGCUCACAAGCCUGGAGUAGAGGUAAUUGUUCUCUCUACAGCUCUCCUGACACCAUAUAACAUUCUGGAGCGGCUUUUUGCAACAGAUCGUCUCAAGCCAGACAUCGGUAUCUGAAGUGGCCAAAGCGGGCAUCUGGCCCAACCUGUGGGAAACGCACCAAAUUCUUGCCUUCUGCCUUUCAAGGACAUUCCAUUAAAACAGAGAUGCUCUGAAAUUGCCCGUAAUAUGAGAAAUGUUCAGAGGGGGAAAUCGUGAUGAGCUCAAUGUUUGUGAAGAAAAGCACCUACCUUCGUCAUUGCUUCAAAGCCAUUUUUGAGGGAUGUCAUGCUGACCUUCUUAUCCUUGCAGAAAGGUUGCUUUUAGCUGAAAAUCCUUUCUCUCCAGCUUAUUAGCAGCGAUGAUGGUUGCAGGGCAUAAGUGUGUCAGAGUCUGUAAAGAUUCAAAGAACAUUGUAAAAGCAUGAAAGAAAGCAACUCAGGCCUUCAUUUUUAGACAAAGCUUUUGCUGCAUUCAUUUGAGCACCCUUGUUCACAAAUUUUCUUUAGCAAGGUAGAUAAAAGAUACCGCCACCCCAAAAAAAUAAAAAAUAAAAAAGACAUGGGGAAA